CGUUUCCUUUCCGCGCGCUCGAGUGCUGGAGUGCGUCGCGCUGCGUUUCCGCGCUUUGGUGCGUGACACUCGCGUUUCGCGUCCCCGUGUUUCCUGGGCCGCUACCAACGCGUCGCUUCUGGGUUUUUCUUUUCUUCCCCCCGCUCGUUACCCGAUGCGGACAGUCGGGUGUAGCCCCUUUCCACACCUACCGCUUGACUGACAGAUGGUUCGGCCAAUCAGCGCACAGGGUGUAUGUUUGCGCUCCCUGCCUUUUCUGCGCGGAACAAAGGAUAGCUUGGGAAUUUUAGGGUGGAUGGUAGUCGAAGCAGAUGACCCAGAAAUCGGCUGCUUCUGUUUUGGGGCAGGCUACAGUUAGGGCACAUAGCCUAGGCCUACAGAUAAUCAUAUCUAACCUACAUAAGAGCUAGUACGUGUAGCCCAAAAACUGACCAGCGAUUUCCUGAUUAGGAAAACAUUUUCCUUAGCGGUUGGUAGCUUGUUUUACCCUAAAACGGUCAUUAAGAGUGUAUGGGCGUGGAUACUGGGCACGUUUACCUGUUUCUGUGACGCACUGCUGUGUUUCUUGAUAGGAGAUGGUCUUAAUGCAUGGUCCACUUUCCAAUGUCCAGUGGCCCCCUGCCUCUGUUUAAGCAGCAGACAGAUAAAACUGUUAUUCUGUCUUAUUCUGACCAAAACAAAGUGGAUCAGAGCAGCUUUUGGGACAGAGAAAUCUGCAGAGAUGCCCUUGGGAGCAGGGCGCCCCUUCUCAGCACAGAGUCAGAGAUGUGGCUGGUUUUGAGUAAUAUUUCUUUUUCUUGGUCUUGCAUUAUUUACUGAGUGGUGCGUGUGGGAAGAAACGAAGUGCCCUCGCUCUGUAGAGUUAAGUCACCGGGCAAGUUCACAGAUGGACGAGUGCGGAGAUGUCAGCCAAUCACCAGAGCUGUCUCCUGAAGCAACUGGACCAGCAAAGGCGCCAGGAACUCUUCUGCGACUGCAACGUGUUGGUGGAGGGGCGGCUUUUCCGGGCGCACCGCAACGUCCUGUUCGGCAGUAGCGGCUACUUCCGCAUGCUGCUCUCGCAGGGCGCCAAGGGCAGCCUGGAGCCCGUGAGCGCCUCCUUCGACACCUUCAGCCCCGACACCUUCGCCGUCAUCCUCGACUUCGUGUACUCGGGCCUCCUGGACCUCAACAGCAGCAACGUGAUCGAGGUGAUGUCAGCCGCCAGCUACCUGCAGAUGGACGACGUCAUCGUCUACUGCAAGUCCUUCAUCAAGUCCUCGCUGGAGAUCUGCGCCAAGGAGGGUGACCCGUGCUGUGCCUUCCUGACAGACGACAGCCCGCUGCCGGACACCCAGGGCGGGGAUCAGCCGUCCGUGGCUGACGGCGUGCUCUGGGAGCCCCCGGACGAGGACCGGGUCCACGAGUACCCCGGAGAGGUGACGGGCUCUCAGGCCAUCGGCCUGGCAUGCAGCCCCCGGGCCCAGCCCGUCUUGGAGGAUGGGGCAGACGGGGAGCAGAACGUGCAGUUCACAGCCCUGGUUUCAGAGCCCAGGAGGAGAGGUACCAGGAGAAGGUCUGUCAACCAUCGCUAUGUCUCGGAUGACACUUCCGCUCUCGACCUCCAGAGGGCGCAGAAGGCAGAUGAACUGUAUGCUACCCUGCCGACUAUCGUAGGGGUGGUGGGAGUUUUCAAUAAAGACUCCAGCCCGUCCAUGCGCUUCAAGUGUCCGUUCUGCACUCACACAGUGAAGAGGAAGGCCGACCUUAAGAGACACCUCCGCUGCCACACGGGCGAGAGGCCGUACCCAUGCCAGGCCUGCAGCAAGCGCUUCACCCGCCUCGAGCACCUCCGCAGCCACUUUGAGACGAUCCACCAGGCACGGAAGCUGGUGUGUCGGAAGUGCAAGCGCCGCGUGACGGAGCAGAGCGGGCAGGUGGUGUGUGAGGGCACGCGGCGCUACCGGCUGUGCGGGGCCUGUAUCCAGCAAGAGAACGCCACCAUGUCCAGCCCCACUGAGGACACUGGUAUGCUGCUCGGGGUCGAAGACGACCCCGAGGACAACCAGGAUGUCACCUGGGUGAUGGACCACGACGAUGACGAUGGCGAUGACCUUGCAGAGGAUUCCGGAACAGACCUUAUCAUUCAGGAAGUAGAGGACAGUGACGAUGAGCCUGACGUGAAGAGAAACGGCGUGUGAACGGAAUUUCUUUUGGCUUUGGGGGCCACCUAGCAAACUGUCAGAGAAAUGUCUAUGGUGAUGGUGACAGUUACCACAACCACAGAAAACCACACUUUUUCACAUGAUUGCCUUAGUGUCAUUACAUUUAGCUGCAUACCAGCCUAUAUUGAUGGCUAUUGCAGCUGAAAAUAUAUCAUGCGGUGGUAGCUCAGUGGUGAAGGUACUGGACUAGUAAUCAGAAGGUUGCUGGUUCAAGUCCCACCACUGCCAACUUCCUAUUGUCAUGCCCCUGAUCAAGACCCUUAACCCUCAAUUGCUCAAGUUGUCAUACUUGUAAGUCACUUUGGAUAAAAGCGUCAGCUAAAUGCCAUAAAUGUAAAAUGUAAAUGUAAAAUACGAUGGUUGAAACCAAAAGCCACUUUAGACUGGUGAACUGUUGAAUCAGCCUCGACGAUAGCAAAUAUCGCGUCUUCCUUUUGCAUCUUUCCUUUAUUUUUUAAAAAUGCAGGCUUGAAUUUGGCUUGCUGACCAUGGACACACGUUAACGAAAGCAGUGCACUAGCUAGGAGCUAACAGAGCUCAGCUAAGGGAAACACUUAGACAAGCUUACAAUCUCAUUAAUAUUGUAUGCAAUAUUAGUAUGCAACAAAUUUCUGUUUCUUAUGUUUGCUUAGAUGAGAGAGAGAGAGAGAGAGAGAGAGAGAGAGAGAGAGAAUAGUUGUAUUUAUGUAACCAGUGAGAAAUUUGUGAUAAUUUAAAUUUAAAUCUUUAGUUCCUUUUGAAAACUGACCUAUUUGGAUAAAACAAUUUGAGUUUAUUUACGUUUUGAAAAUGUCUAAGAGUUUUAUAACAGUAUAAUUGUAUAAUUGUAAUAUAAAAAGUAUGUAAAUAGUUUAUUUCAAUAACAGUUGUUUAAAUGAUGAGUAUUUCGUAGCGGUUAGGAUGCCUGGAUAGUCUUCCAGUGUUAUAUUUUAGAAAAAUACUUGAUCUUUUCUCAGUUAUUUCCUGAAAGCUUUGAAAUUAUUUUAUCAUGCCUUUGCCAAAUAAUGUGUUUGUAAGGAUUCUCUAGGAUAUGUCAGACGGGAGUUCUUUAAACCAAAUGUCUGGGUUUAGCAAAGUUUGUUUGAACGACUUUCUUCAAAUAACUGAACAAUCAGUUUUUAUUUUUGUCUUGUUCAUAGAUUUGUGGAGAUUAAUCCAAUUUGCACUCAUUUAUCUUGAUCAUUGUGUUGUUCUCUAAAGUUAUGAUCAUGUUAAUUUAUUGUAUUUUUACUUUUUAAAGAAAAACACUUCUUGCUUUUGUUAUAAACCUGAAAUAAAUGGUCAUA